CUUGCAGAAUUCCGCCUUUGUAAAUUCUAUUUCCUUCAUAACUUUUACAUCAAAUCAUUACGAAUGGAUCAAACUGUUCAAUAUCAAGAUCCAGACUACCUUAUAGUAGAAGACAAUGAAGUUACAAAGCCUGAUAAUGAUUCCGAUUCCGAUUCUGGUUCAAAUACCCAAGUGGUUGUUCCGAAUUACUGGCAAUCAGGGAUUUUCAGAAAGAAUAACAAAUUGAUGGUGCAUAGAAUUGAAGAAGGAACUAAUGAUUACGUGAAUGUGAAGAGGAGUUUUGUAAAUGGAAUGAAGAAUUUCGAGAAGAAUGUCGAAUUUGUUGGGAUUCACAGGAAGAAUUAUGAAUGGAGUGUGAUCGAUGAAGCUCGGGUGGACGCGUUUAGGGUUUUCGCAGCGGCAGUUGCGAGUAGAAACGGUGGAGAUCCGAACAUCAAGUAUGGUUGGUAUGGUGGUUCUCGUGAAGAGAUUCGUGAGAUUUUGUGUCAUGGAUUUCGUCGAUUUGAAAAUAGAUCGUCAUCGUAUGGCCAUGGUAUUUACUUCUCUCCGGCGAACAAUCCAAUGGCGAGUGCAAGAACAUCAAUGGCUGAUUCCGAUGGCCUAAUGCAUAUAUUAUUAUGUCGAUUGAUUUUGGGAAAACCUGAAGCAAUUCCUUUUGGUUCACGAAUAGAUCAACCGACUUCAACAGAAUUCAACUCGGGUGUUGAUGAUAUUUCAUCACCCACAAAAUACAUCAUUUGGGAACCUUACAUGAACACUCUCGUUCUUCCAGUUUUCAUCGUCACUUUCAAAGCAGAUUCAUCAAAAACAGGUGAUCAGCAAUCUGUAAGGAUGAAAAGGAAACCCCAUUUGAGAUUCGAUGUGCUCAUGAAGCACCUUGCGAAUUAUUUAAGUUCUUCAAAUAUGGCCUUAAUCAACAGACAACGUGAAGCGUUUUAUAAAAACAAAAUUUCAAGACACGCAUUUAUAAGAAGCUUGAGGAUGAUUGCUGGAGAUGAGGUUCUUAGGCCAAUAAUGAAGAUGUUUUAUGGCCCACAAUGAAGUAUAAUUUAUUCCUGUUAAAUGAUCUGAAGAAUAGACGAUUGUUUGCAAAAUGUAUACUUACAUGGAUUAUUUAGUUGUAUACGAAAGUAGUUUCUAGUGGAUAAUUUUUAUUGUAAUAGUAUUUUUGAGUAU